AUGAGCCAUGUGUGUUCCUGCAAACAGGGAGAGAGCAGACUGGGAUUUAGGAAAAAAGACUAUCUUACUACAUUAGUCUGCAACAUGAGUGAAGCUGUUCCCACAGACAAAGUUCUGAAAAGAGUUGGUGAUGAACAUGAUGACACUCCUGCAAAAAGGCUCAAGACUGAUGACUCCAUCGGAGACGAGAGGAAAUAUCCUAAAAAAAAAGUUGUCUUACUCAUUGCUUACUCUGGGAAAGGAUAUUAUGGCAUGCAGAGAAAUCCAGGAAACUCACAGUUCAAAACGAUUGAGGAUGAUCUGGUCACAGCUCUCGUUAAGUCUGGAUGUAUCCCUCAAGAGCACUGUGAUGACAUGAAGAAAAUGUCCUUUCAGAGAUGUGCCCGCACAGACAAGGGUGUAUCUGCUGCUGGCCAGGUUGUUUCCUUGAAGGUACGCUUAGUUGAUGAUGUAAUUGAAAAGAUUAAUGAGCAUUUGCCACCACAAAUAAGAAUUCUGGGUCUAAAACGAGUGACUCAGGGUUUUAACUCUAAGAACAAUUGCACACAUAAUUUUCACAACUUCACUUCACAAAAGGCAUCCAGCGAUCCGAGUGCACGCCGCUACAUCACACAGAUGUCCUGCGGAAAGCCCUUUAUGUCCAAGGAUAAUGAAUUUGCAGAGAUCACUGUCAGGGGACAGAGCUUCAUGAUGCACCAGAUUCGUAAGAUGAUUGGCCUGGUGAUCGCUGUUGUCAAAGGUUAUGCUACAGAUGAUGUCAUUGAAAGAAGCUGGGGGAAAGAGAAGGUGGAUGUACCUAAAGCUCCUGGGCUUGGACUUGUCUUGGAGCGGGUCCACUUCGACAGAUACAACAAAAAGUUUGGAAGUGACGGGCUGCAUGAGGGUCUAGAGUGGGACAAAGAGGAAGAGGCUAUCCAGACCUUUAAGAAGGCUCACAUCUACCCCACUAUAGUAGAAACAGAAUGUCAGGAAGGCUCAAUGAUCAGCUGGAUGGCCACUCUUCCCAUACACGACUUUGAAGCCACAGCUACAGGCUCACAAGAAAACAAGGACCAAAAAGAGGUCAAUGAAGAACAAAUGAACUCUGAUUAG